AUGUCCGAAGAUUCAACUAUUGAAGAUGAACUUGAAGAUGAACAAGACUUACAUUCAUCUAGAUCUCAAAUUGGAACAGUGACGAAGCAAUGGGCAAUAUUUUUAUUAUUAUUAAUAGCAAUAAUUAUUUCUCUUUAUAUAAAUGCGCAACGACGACGACGACGCAAUAAAAAAGAAAUAAAGUCAGGAAUUCGUCGUGACCAUGUUCAAAGUGGAAACAAAACAAUUUCACUAAAGUCACCAAAUAAAAGAGACUAA